AUGCUGAAUGCAAUAUUGUCAACAGCGAUUAAACUUAACUUUAGCAUGAGCUCAUUAGGUCUCCUUUCAAAAGCGGAACCCGGAAAAUAUCGUUCUCUUGUUCAGAAGCAAGACUGCCUAAAAGGCUACGCUACUCUCAGCUCAGAUUCACUCAGACGGGAAAUGCUUAGUGCCUCUGAAUUUUCCAAGUCUCUGGAGACUGAAUAUAUCAGAAGUCUGCAUAGGCAGAUAUAUUUAUUUGAACUGGAAAACAAAUAUUUGCGGAAAGAAGUGGGAAAAAUUAAAGUGAAUGUAUCAAACCCAAACAAAGGUAAUGAAGACAAAAUAAAGUUACUUAAUGUAUGUGUUGAAACUGCAAAUGCCCAGAUGACAGAUGGCCAAAGGAGUGAGCUCAUUAACGAAUUGGUACGAAAAUGUGAUGAAAUACAGGAGAAACUGAAUCGGGAAAUCGAAUUAAGAAAAGAGCAGAUGGAUAUUUUUACACAAGAUAUUUUGGAACUGAAAGGGGAAAAAGAAACAAUUUUAGGGGAAAAUCAGAAAAAGGAUCAAAUCAUCGGAGAACUGAAGGGAAUUAUUGACACGCUGAAAGAUCGGCUGGUCGAGGUUGGAGGAAAGUUUGAGACAUGCAAGCAAGCGCUGACAGUGGAGAUCAAACGACGCAAGGGUCUAGAGAGCAAAAUUGAGAAAAAAAGCGGCAAUUUUCUCAAGUCCGAGGAGACAAUGCUCUCGGUGGACAACCAAAUACAAAAAAAGGUAACAAGUCAAGAAGAAGAGCUUAAGGAACUGAAGAAGGUCAUCUACAAGUCAGAGGAGCAGAGACCACCCACCCCCUCCUUUCCAGAGAUCCAGCUAAGACUAACGGAUGACCUGAGAUGGAAAGCGGCUGCUGGUGCCAAAGAAGACUCCCAGAGUGGCACUUCUAUUGUGAGAAGACGAUGGCGGGAUGUGGAAGAGUCGAAGACUUUCGAAGAGAGUAGUGUUCAUGAGGAUCCUAUUCAGCCAACAGAAAAGAAGGCACUUCCACUAAGACUGUAG